AGGCCCACACACAAGACUGGGCUUCUUCUUAACAAAACCCGCCGUCAGCCCGCCACCAGGCCGCCGCGGCGCUGCCCAGUCUCUCCACUCCCUCCGGGCGUCCGGCGCCGCUUUCUUUCGAGUUCUGACGCGCCCGAUGCUGCUGCGAUGGCUCGCAGCCGCGGGGCGUCGGCGAGCGCCGCCGGCCAGGCCCCUCGUGCGCGCGCUCUCGUACGGUAGGGUGGUGGACGCCGCGGUUCGAGACGGGGAGCUCCGGGUGUUCGUGGUCGCGGGCGAGGUCUCCGGCGACUCUCUCGCUUCGCGACUCAUGGCGUCGCUCAAGGCGCUCUCGCCUGUGCCCGUCCGCUUUGCUGGUGUUGGCGGUGAAUUAAUGUGCAAGGAAGGUUUGCAAUCACUUUUCCCCAUGGAAGAAAUUGCCAUUAUGGGCUUGUGGGAGCUGCUCCCACACAUAUAUAGUGUCAAGAGGAAAAUUGAGAAUACUGUAGUUGCGGCUGUGUUAUUUCAACCUCACGCUGUGGUUACAGUUGAUUCAAAGGGGUUCUCUUUUCGCGUGUUGAAGCAACUGAAAUGCAGAAGCAAUCGAAAGGUUCAAAGUCCUCUACACAUACAUUAUGUUUCACCAUCAUUCUGGGCCUGGAAAGGUGGUGAAAGCAGGCUCUCGAAGUUGCGUGAUUUUGUCGACCACAUGUUGUGUAUUCUUCCAUUUGAGGAAGAAAUAUGCAGAUUAAAUGGGCUGCCUGCUACUUAUGUGGGUCAUCCCUUAUUGGAUGAUGCUAUUGGCUUAAACAUGGAACUGGAAUUGUCUUCUGACAAGUCUAGACAUCAAAGAAGUUGUGAAUCUUUCCGGCUGGAACAUGGGCUUUCCCCAGAUGCCACAAUCAUAACCAUGCUGCCUGGAAGUAGGAUGCAGGAGGUAGUUCGAAUGCUUCCAAUCUUUUUGCGUACUGUGCAAAACUUAAGACAUACAUUUAAUGAACUGUCACUAGUCAUCCCAGUUGCUCCACAUCGAGAUGUGAGGACCUAUGUUGAAAAGACUGUUCAGUCAGGUCCUUCUCCAGUGGUGUUGAUACCUGGGGGAUCGCUUAAGGAAAGAUAUGAUGCAUUCAGUGCUAGUAGAGCAGCAUUAUGUACUUCAGGAACAGCUGUUAUGGAACUAAUGCUUGCAAAACUACCCUGUGUGGUAGCUUACCAAGCUCAUUUCAUUACAGAAUGCUUGAUUUACUUGAGAAAGAAGAUAAACUUUAUUUCUCUGCCCAACAUUCUCUUGAAUUCUCCUGUUGUACCUGAGAUCCUUUUUCGAGCUUGUACAGCUAAGAAUCUAGCUGCAAAACUAAGUGAGGUUAUUUCUGACGAUGAAGCCCGUCGGAUGCAAGUUGAAUCAGCUGACCAAGUAUUCCAGGUUCUCUAUGAGCCCAUCAAGGAACAGGGUACUUUAUUUGUGGAAGAGCUUGGCUUGUCAUCAACUGUCUUGUCCCCAAGCAUGAUCGCAGCAUUAACAGUUCUUUAUACAGAUAAACAUCAAAAUACUGUGUACCAGAAUUAAGUGGUACAGUCAGAAGCUAAGGAAUCUUUUUAUUUGCCGGUGUGAUCAUGGCUCCAUGCAUGCCACUCAUCCACGGUUGGAGGUGGCAAGCAACUUCUUAUGUAAAGUUUUCAGUUAUCGAGUGGUGUCAGGUCAACAUCACAAUAUCAUAAUAGAUUUCAUGCAUGUGCUCUAGUGGAUUAAGUGCCAGUUUUGGUCAUCCUGUUGGUGCAGACUUUUCCAUGGAUAGAAUUUCCUGCAUGGAACAAGGAGUCAGGGAGUAUGACUGGAUGGCACAGUGGGCCUUGGAAAGUUCGAGAAAACUACCAAGAUUUUCCUGCAUUUCUGAUUGUCUUCGGAUCCUGUGAUAGCAAGGCUGAUUUGGUACUUUAGCUGCUCGUGCAGUAGUGAAGGGAAAAUGAGAAAUGAAGCGCAUUUCAAGAUUUCUGCUCAGUUCCUCGGCUUGUAUGCUGGUGGUGAAUGGUAAAUCCUCCAAAUACCCUACUAAAUUUGGUGAUGAAUUCUGGUGCUAGUAUGCAUGCCUUUGUAUGGGCAGUUUGUUCUGUGGUGUGGUCGACCUGACAUUGGGCAAUAGAAAGGUGGAAGCUGGUAGGACUCAAA